AAAAGAAACAAAACCAACUCGGGUACGAAUCCAACAAUAAUAAAUGAUUGGUUGGUUGUUUCUGAAAACGUAAUUUAAAUAUAAAUUCUAUUUUUUGCAUAGAAAAACUUAAGACACCAAAAAAAUUACUCCCAAAAAAGAAAAGAAAGAAAAGAAAAAAUCGAAGAGUCUCUCUCUCAGUUGCUCCUCCGGCCAACACACUUCCCCGAGAACUCUCUUUUUAAGUCUGAAGAGUAGCAAAUAGCUUAGAGAGAAAAAUGGAGCAGGUUCUAAGAAUGGCUUCCAUGGCUACCCCAAGCCCAACCAUCUCCUGUUACAUCAAAGCCAAAAAGGUUUCCAAGCUUCCUCUUAUUGUAAAAUGUCAACAACCACUUGAAGAGCCAAACAACGUCAAAGUUCCUGACCCGAUUACUCGGAGAGAAAUUAUUCUGAGGAGCAGCGAAUUUGCCAUGGUCGGUGCCAUCUUUAAUUUCAGUGGGAAAAAGCCUGAUUAUCUUGGGGUACAGAAAAACCAACCGGCUUUGGCUCUUUGUCCGGCUACUAAAAAUUGCGUUUCAACCUCAGAAAGCGUUGCUGAUCUAACUCAUUAUGCUCCACCAUGGAACUACAACGGUGGUAGGAAAAUGCCUGUAAGCAGAGAUGUGGCAAUGAAGGAACUUCUUGAAGUGAUCAAUUCGACAAAACCAGAUAAAUUCACACCGAUGGUAUUGGAAAAGAAGGAUGAUUAUGUGAGAGUGGAAUACCAAAGCCCCAUUCUUGGUUUUGUGGAUGACGUUGAGUUCUGGUUCCCACCUGUGAAGGAUUCCAUUGUGGAGUACCGAUCAGCUUCGCGGAUUGGCAGCUUUGAUUUUGAUUACAACAGAAAGAGAAUCAAGGCAUUGCGGCAAGAGUUAGAAAAGAAAGGAUGGACUUCUCAAGAUAGUUUCUGAAAAGACUGACAUCUGCCAUUCAAAAGCAAUUUCAUAGCUCUAAUGACAUUUCUGAAAAUUCAAUGAAAAAUUAUAUUUAGCUUUUGUAUGGCAAAAAAAAACCAACGAAAUUUUCAUGCCAAGUUAAUGGUUAAAUUGUAUGAUGAAUGUAUGAAAUUUUUAAGCCCAACCAGACCACUAUUGUAAUCUAAUAAUUACUUUUCCUUGUUUCCAUC